UCACCUCUCAAAAUCAAAUCCCCAGUUUGCAAUUCCAAUUCCCCAACACCCAAAAAUGUCCUCCGAAGAGGUAGGAAUAGGUCACUCCCACUCCCACUCCCAUCCCCACUCCAACCUGCUGUUCUUCCAAGACGAAGCUUUGCCCUUGCGCUUCAAUUGCUCCGCCACCCAGCCCCGCGUCCCCGACCCAGGACCGCGGACUCGAGAGCUCACCGGCUUUAUUGACGAGAAGCUCUUCUUUUCUCCCCCCCAAGGGCCCCACUUCCGCCGCAGCGACUGGAACGCCAAUGACACCACUACCACGCCCAGCGCGGGUGAAUCCGACGACGAUGACGACGAAGACGAGGUCGAAGACGGUGACGGUGAAGUUGAAAGACUUGUUGGUCUUGAUGAAAGCGGCACCAACAACACUGGCAAUAAGAUCGAUAGACAUAUCAAUGCCAAUACUACCAAUGGCUGUGGCAGUCUGCAUGGUGGUACGGAUAAAUUGGGAAAUGGGAAAGCCAAGCACCAUCUUUCCACUUUUGAUUGUAAUUUGGGUUUCGUAGGAGGGCCGACUAGCCGUGGAGAGCAGUUGCUGAAGAAUGGAAACGUGGGUCAGUCCGCGAAUGACUCCACGAGCGAGAAUCGUCAGCAGCAGGGAAGCCUCAGGCUUGGGGUUUACCACGAUGCGGUAACGAUUGCGGAACCUGAUGGGGAGUUGUAUUACUCUCAGUAUUUGCAGGGCACGGAGGGGAAUUCUGGUGUCGCUGCCUCCGCUUCUGGGCACAAGGACGCGGUAGUAGUUGUGGACAACAAUUGCGGGUUUAGUGGGAGAAAGGAUGUUUCCAUUUCAAGCGAGUCAGGAGAGUCUCUGAGGGCGAUACUCUCCGAUCCCAUAACGGGAGCUCUUAUGGAUGAUGCAAUGAUAUUGCCUUGCGGGCAUUCCUUUGGUAGUGGUGGUAUACAGCAUGUUACUACAAUGAAAGCUUGCUACAUUUGCUCUCUGUCAAUUUCAGAAGACUCAAUCGCUCCAAAUCUCUCUCUGCGAGCUGCUGUGCAGGCAUUCCGUCGGGAAGAAGAAUUACAGUUUUAUCGCUCAUCCAAGAGAAGAAGAGAAAGGUUUGACCAGGACAAGGGUGGUUAUGGUGAUUCAACUCUCAUGGAUUCUCCUAGGGGUAGAGGUGUUCAGUUUCCAUUUGCAGUGACAGACAGGGUCAUCAUAAAGGGGAACAAGAGGACACCGCAGCGGUUUGUUGGACGUGAAGCUAUUGUAACUACUCAAUGUUUGAAUGGAUGGUAUGUUGUGAAGACAUUGGACAACGCAGAGAGCGUAAAAUUGCAGUAUCGUUCUCUGGCCAAGGUUUCAGAUGACCCAUCCUCGAAGUCAAUGUCAAGCAAGAUGCCACCGAACUGGCUCUAGAGUUGCAGCAUACCAAAUGGCCAAAACUUGGAGUGGGAAACAUAAAUACUUAUAUGCCACUUUUGGAUUAUUUUAUAUGAUUCUAUUGUGGAGUAGGGCUCUUGUUUGUACUUUUUGUGUUGUAUUCCUUAAAAGAGCGACUCAUGAUAUUCAGGGUAUGGGAAAUCCUGAAGAGAGUUGAGGUGGGAAAACAAUAUAUUUUAGUCAUCUUGGCUUUUAGUUUUGUGAUGAGCUGUCGUUGUAUUUAAUAUUUAAGUAAGGCCUGUGUAUAGAAGGGAAAUGAAGUUUAUGCAAUCAAUUUUUGGUUUUAUGA